AUGGUGCCAACUGUGAUGGCAUCGAAUAGAACUCGUCUGAGUUGCAGUAGUAGUAGCGGCAGUAUUGGCAAUAUAAAUACCAACAGCAUUAGUAGUAGUAGUAGUUUGUUUGAAAUUGGAGGACUGAGUAGUAUCCAACAACAACAUCAACAUCAAACAAAGUCAAACAUCAUUCAACAACAUCAACAACAACAGCAGCAACAUCAACCAAAAGUGUUAGACAUAAACAAAGAUUAUAAUGUUUGCUUCAGUGACUUUGGAAACUUCAACAACAAACAUCUCCGUCUGCCUUUGCUGAGUUCAACCUCCUCGCCUCCCACCACAUCUCUCUUGUGUUAUACACUCGCCAAUCUUCCAGCGCAACAACGCGCUAUAUUUCCAUCUAGUGACCAGGAUAAUUUUAAUUGUUCCGCUAGGGAUGAGGAUGAGGAUGACGAUAUCACAUUGUGUGAUGACAGCAGCGAGUGUAGUAGUGACGACCAGCCUCCCGAGGAGCUCUAUGAUCAGUCUAUAACCAAGUUAAAUCCUUACCUUAGCCCAGCCAAACGAACAAUUUCAAUAUCUCUCCCCGACCUGAGUCUCCUGUCGCAUCAAGUCGCGGGCCAGGCACCACUCUUUAGACUGCCUCAUGGCAAGGUGCUCAAACCACUGGUCUACACUGAGUACCAGUUCUACAAAUCACUCCAGUGUCAUACAGAGUUCUUGGACUUUACUCCCAAAUUCUAUGGUGCCAUCGACAUGAACUUUGUUGACAACAAUCCAUUGGAUCAAUCUAAUUUAUUCAAACAAGAGACAUCAAUAUUCGAUUACAAUCAUUGGAGAAACAAAGUUGUUAAUAAGCCAAAGGAGGAUCAGAAUUUGUACAUUGAGAUAGAGGACUUGACAUAUUUAUGUAAAUACCCAUGUAUUUUAGACCUUAAGAUGGGAGUUAGACAACAUGGAGUAGGCUCGACCUUACAAAAGAUUGAAAGGAUGGAGAAGAAGUGCAAAGCUACAACCUCUUCAUCACUGGGGUUCAGAGUUUGUGGAUUAAAGGUAUACAAUCAUGUUACUGGACAAUAUCAGACGUUUGACAAGUUCUAUGGCAGGUCGCUACAGGCCCAGGACAUACCAAUGGUAAUCUACAAUUAUUUGUGCAAUGGUACACAGAUAAGGGUCGACUUGUUACGCGAUAUAGCAGACAGGUUGACACAGUUGGUCAGAUUGUUUGAGCACCAGAGGUGUUACAAGUUCUACGGUGGUUCAUUGCUAUUUAUUUAUGAUGGUGCCAGCUGCAGUGUACACGACUCUCGUCUCCAAGUGAAGAUGGUUGACUUUGCCCAUGCCAGUCCAACUAUUACGUCCGCCGCUCACUGGUCUCACAAUGUCAACCAUGCUGGCAGCACUUCCUUUGGUUCCGGCACAAUGUCUCCCUCCUCGCUCUCUUCUUCGUCGUCGCCCUCUUCGUCACCUUCACAAACUCAUGGUGAUAGAGAUCCCGAUAGUGAUAGCAUGUUGGACGAAGGUUAUCUCUUUGGAUUGGGUAACCUCCUUCAGAUCAUUAAUGGGCUAAUCAUUUCACAUUCGACCACGUCAGUAGCAGUACCAGUACCAUCAUCUUUGUGCUCCUCAGUAUCGUCACCUGUAAUAAAUCAAUCAAUCUAG